GUGGACUUGUGCGAGGUAGCAGAGCAGGAACAAGUCACAGCAUCCGAAACGAGCUUGGAUGGCUUUGCUUUUGCCCUUGGCUUCGACUCCUGUCUGCUCCGCUGGACGUGGGGCGAGCGGGGCCCGGAGUCAAUCCUCAAGCUGCCUCUCCAGAGGCUAUUGGGUGCGUCCGCUCUGGUCAGUCUCUUCUUUGUGGAGGAAGACAAGAAGGAGAGUCAGCACAACGACAGCCAAGAGAUCGGCUGGAAGCCGGAGGAGUUCGACAACGUGCUUCGGUUCCAUCAUCGAGCACUCGGCUGGGGCGGCGACAAGCACCAAACGGACGAGCUGUUGUACGUAAAGGUGCGGGACGGAGGAAUCGACUACAAAGCCGUAAGGGAGCCGCCCGCCGUUGUGCCGAAUUGGCUUCCAGAGCUCCUCGGACAGAUGGAUCGGCUGACAUUCUGGGAACUCGUUCGUACGAAAGCACCGGUCGAGCCGGCUCCCGGCCCCUUGAAGUUGCAGAAAAUCUUCGAUGAACCACAGACUGCGUUGCAGAGGGAGGACUUCGCCCGUGACGUGCAGUACAUGGAAGUGGUCGGGAGGAGCACACUGCUGCUGGCGGCAGUGGUGGCAGAAUCCGCACGCGACCCAAGCCAGACGCGGGAGAGCUUGAGCAGCCAAGUGGAGAAAUACUUGGAUGAAGCACGUGCGGCAGACUUGCUCAUCAAGACCGGCCUGAUCGAUCUGGGCACAAGGAAGGGGAUCGACUCCACCAGCGGCGUUUGCAAGAUGUUCUAUGCGUUUCUGGGAGCCCACAGGUUGGAGGGUGACAUCUUCUCGGUCCCGCGGCCGUGGGACUGGUUCGUAUGUUCCUUCAGCUUGCGAACUUCGGAGCUGGGCAGCGCUGACCAGAGGGACUGGAGGAGAGUGCCGAAGGCCUUGGGUGACGUUUUCUUGGCUGUGCUCGGGGCCAUUACAAUGGAUUCGGAUUACUUUGAGGCCGAACAGUUGAUGCUUGAGCACUAUCAAGACAGUGAGGAGCUCUUCCAACUGAUGAAGAACCGAGGCCUUCCUGCCGGUAUUCCGGUUCACGAUAUCAUGAGCACCAAUGGUCUGCGGCAGCUUGGAAAAUUUUCCACGGGUCCAGUGCGAGAUGUUCCUCGAGGCGGAAACUCCACAGCGGCGUUCAUUGUCACAGGCAGUGAUGAAGGCAACUUCGAAGGAAGCGAGGCGGAUCAAAAGUCGGAAAGCCUCGAAGAGGACCCCGAAGAGUCCGGCGAGGAUGAACAGAAGCCUCUGGAGCAGGCCCUGCACAGUGGGCCGAUCACGGGAUCGGCAAGAGACAUCGCAAAGCUGCGAGACGACUCAGAGUCGUGCGAAAAGGGCAUCGGCGAAGGCCUGCCGGACGACGUGCAAUUUGACCGCGAGAGCAUUUCGCAGGUGGAGGGAUCUGGCGCGUCCGAGCAGCCGGAUUUCGACCCAGUCUUUGCUCCGGUGCCCGGAACCGCUGCCUGCCCGUACUCCUUCGCCAAGCCAGCUUGCCCCACUGCCGGCAUUCGAGUGUCGAAGGAAGAGUGGGAUGCGGUUUGCAAGGCAGUUCCCGACAUUGAUGCAGCCUUGCAGAAGGAUGAUGAGAAGUCAUGGAAUCUCAUCGCAGACAUUACGAUCUCCAUCACCGCUGGUGCUGUUGAUCUUCGUCGAUACUACGUGGACAAGAACGACGGGCAGUCCAAGCCAGGCAAAAAAGGCAUUCGGCUGGGAGCAGUGCAGUGGCCCUCCCUCAAGGCAGAGAUGCCAGAGAUCACCAAAGAAUUGGAUCAAGGAGGAGGCCCACCAGCGAAGAAGGCCAAAAGCAAGAAGCCAGAGGUGCCAGAGAUUCCCGAAGAGGCCGAGACGCCUGAGGCCAGCGCCACGUCGAAAGUCAAGUGGAAACACGAGCUCCGCAAAAUCCUGAAAGGCGAGAUUCUGGAAGAUAUCGGCAUGAUUGUCCCUGGCCGGUUCAAUACAGACUCCUGGCCAGGACGAGGCGGCUUGGCACAUAUUGCCGUAACACUCUACCGUCUCAUUGGGCAGGCUGAGACUAGGCGGGGAAGCCGGCCCGUGAUGCUGGGCAUGUGCCGCAUGUACAGGUUUUAUUUUCCUCUGACCUUGGCUGUUGAGGAUGCAAGCCAGCACUGCCCUGGGCAUGUGGACGGCUUAAAGACUGAUGGGCGCGGGAGCCUCAUUCAGGUGGCCCAGCAGACACGCCACCCUGGAUCCGGUCACCCGGUGCCACUGGAUCCGGGUGCCGAGGAGAAUGAGCAGAACUCGAGUUUGUCCAAGCAGGAACAGAUAUCGUAUUUCUCCCUUCGUGCUGCUGCUGCCGGCAUUGUUUUGGACGGUGGAGAGUUUCAACCGAUGCCAAUCUUCGAAGAGCCCGGUGCUGGAGGCGGUGCUUUGAUCGUGUUUGGCGUGAUUUUCCUGACCCUCGUGGGCUCUUUGCUCGUCGUCGCCUGCUUCGAAGCACCUCUGGAGCUCGAGGACAAAGUCACCGAGCCGGAACUCGCCGGGGCGUCCAGUGUUCGGGCACGGCUUCGGCCCGGGCCCGCAAAGGGACCAUGCAAUGCCCUUCAGCGGAGCCAACGACAAUGUCAGGUUCCCGCACAAGAUCGUCCUGCAGAGCAAAGAGCGAUCUUGGCUCCUGUUCCGGAGGAACUUGGAAGCAACCUUAGCCAAGACAACCGGCAUGUGGUCGAAGAGACUCAGGACCACUUGCCUUCACAGAGACAGGCGGAACAGCCGUGUGCGGCAACUUCUCAGGUGCUAACAACACCAGCUGAAGGCCCGGAAGGUCCCGCCAUUACUCCCCCACAGGCCGAG